UUCCUCUUCUCUUCGGGUUGACCCACCACACCCACAUCCCCGUAUCUUCCCUAUAUAUUAUUAUAUUUAUUACUAUUACAUACCAUUUUUGUAUAUUAUUUAAUUAUUUAUUUCAUCAUGAACUUGGCCUAGCCCUCCACCUAUCUGUCUAGACCCUCUCUGCUUAUCUAUAUAUACAUAUAUAUAUAGUCGUGAUUGCCUCCAACACAAUCCAAUUCAUACCUCUCCAUCUUGUACCCAAAAAACAACUCAUCCCUUCUUUUCCUUUUACGACUACAGCAGCAACGAAGAGAUAAAAUUUAAGAAAAGGAAAGUAUGGACGGAAGCUGCAUAGAUGAGAGUACUACUAGUGACUCCAUAUCCAUAUCCAUAUCCAUUAGCCCGAAGUCCGCUGUCUCUUCCUUUCCUCCGCCAACUAAAUCUCCUGAAUCUCCUCUUUGCCGCGUUGGCAGCGGCUCCAGUGUGAUUCUCGAUUCUGAAUCCGGCGUAGAAGCUGAGUCCCGUAAACUCCCUUCCUCUAAAUACAAAGGCGUCGUUCCCCAACCAAACGGCCGCUGGGGCGCCCAGAUUUACGAGAAGCAUCAGCGUGUCUGGCUCGGUACAUUCAAUGAGGAAGACGAGGCUGCCAAAGCCUAUGACAUCGCUGCUCAGAGGUUCCGUGGCCGUGAUGCCAUCACUAACUUCAAGCCUCAGGGUGCUGAAACCGAGGAGGACGAUAUCGAAACCGCUUUCUUGAACUCCCAUUCCAAAGCUGAAAUCGUUGAUAUGCUGAGAAAACACACAUACAACGAUGAGCUCGAGCAGAGCAAGCGAAACUACAGAAUUGAUGGGCAAGGAAAGCAGAAUCGAAACCCAGGUGCCAAUAAUGUUGCCGUCUACGGGUCGGACCGCGUCCUGAAAGCGCGCGAACAGCUUUUCGAGAAAGCGGUGACGCCGAGUGACGUUGGGAAACUCAACCGCCUGGUGAUACCUAAACAACACGCAGAGAAACACUUCCCUUUACAGAGCGGAAGCAAUAGCACAAAAGGGGUGCUGCUAAAUUUCGAGGAUAUUACAGGCAAAGUGUGGAGAUUUCGCUACUCAUAUUGGAACAGUAGCCAGAGCUACGUAUUGACGAAAGGGUGGAGCCGGUUCGUCAAAGAAAAGAACCUGAAAGCCGGUGACAUUGUAAGCUUUCAAAGGUCGACCGGACCAGAUAAGCAGCUUUACAUAGAUUGGAAAGUAAGAGCCGGGUCGAAACCGGUGGUUUGCACGGUCCAACCGGUUCAGAUGGUGAGAUUGUUUGGGGUCAACAUUUUUAAAGUACCUGGAAACAGCGGCGUGACAGAAGGCGCUGGUGGGUGUAAUGGGAAGAGAAUGAGGGAAAUGGAACUGUUAUCGUUGGAUAGUAUUAAGAAACAGAGGAUAAUCGGAGCUUUGUAACAUUUUGUAAUUUUCUUUUUCUUCUUUUGGCAUUUUGUGAGGGGGUUUUUACCAGGAGGAGGAAAGAGGGGAAAGGCAGGUGGUGUUAGCAGCAAGUUGCAAAAGGUGAAAUGUACAUUACAAGAAAAAAAAAAACUGAAAAAUUAGGUGCAACAAAUUUAAAUGAAAAAAAAAAAGUUCACUGUCAAAUUGUUCUGUUCAUGGACUUUUUGAUCCUGUUUCAUAUUUUCAUGAUUUCCCCAGAAAAUCAGAACAAAAAAAUCUCGAUGUUGACAAAACUUUGCUUCAUGUGAAGGUGGGUGUGGAUGAAAUUGUAAAUUGUGUUAUGGAUUUUUUUUUUUUUUCAUUGUGUUAUAUUUAAAAAGAGAGGUUAGGCUGAUGGGGUUGUGAUCAUCAUAACUUGUCUAUUAGCUAAAUAAGGAAGUGCAAUAUGUAAGCUUCAUUGCAUGUAAACAUACUUUUGGCCCUGCCUUAAAUCCAUGUGCGAUCCUCCAAUGGAAGCAACCAACUAGAUGUAUGUGAUUGAGAUUGGUGUCACUAACUAGGAAAAUCAACUGAUUUUUAGAGGUCACUGGGUUUUGGCCAAUGAGUAGGCUGCAAGCUGGCAAAGUGGGCAGGGGGGCAAAGCCAAACCCAGUGAAAAUAUUAUUCAUAGUUAUCUGAAACAGGCGUGAUUGAUUGCUCAAUUGGUGUGCCUACAUCUAAUUAGAGGCAUAAUUUUAUGAUUAUGAGAGUUAGUUCGAGUAAUUAAAUUUACUCUUUAAUAUAUAUUAUUUUGGAUUAUAUUA